GCAGCAGAGCUUCUAAGGCACCAACACCUCCAGCCUUAUGUUCUGAAGGUUCAUCUCAAACUUAAUAGCCCCAGGCGCAACAGCUUACCAACCCAUUGGCCUCAAGCUGACUACAUAAAGAAAACUAGAUUUGUGGAGCCAGAAGAUAUUCCUGUUUCCACGUACAAAGAAAAAUGGCAUUCAUUCGGCAAUAACAGGACCUUGAAUCCAAAUAUUACUGGACCUGAGCGAGAUUCCUCUUUUUCUCAGAGAAAUCAAAGCACUCCAAGUUAUUUGAAUAAAAAGAUAGCCGAAUUGUCUGUUGAAUGCAUUCAUGAAGAAUCGGACUUUGGUAGAAAAAUUAUUUCAAAGGCUUCAAGUUUUGCCAUGACUCCAAGAUUGACUCCGACAAAAGAUUCUCCCACUCCUAAGAAGCGAGCAGAACUUUCAAAGAACCGAGUAUCACAGUUUCCAGCUUCGCAAAAACCAGAAAAAAAAUCCGUUCAUGCAAAUCGCAGAGCAUCUUUGCCAUUGCCGAUGAGAUCCAAUCCCUGUGUCGGUAUCCUUGACUGCAUAAAGUCUCCAGAUGUUUCUGUCAAUUCGAGAAUUGACGGGAUGGUUGAAUUUCCAUUAUCCUCAUAUGAGGACUCCGUCAUUCCCAUCUGAAGAAUUUCAUCAACCUCUGCACAAGGUUCCUCCACCUCGCCACAAGGCGAUCAAUCAAUCAUGAAGGACAAAUGUACGGUGCAGGUGUUAGAAAGAAACUUUGGCCGAUUAAGUUUUGGCAAAAUUAAGUUGGGUGGAGAGGAUGGAAGUGAGUGCUCAGACCAAAAUGCGACAGCUGGGGCAACGAGCCGGACGUUGUCAGACUUGCAGCGUCGUCCAUUUGACAUGUCCUCAUACCAGCAGCGAGCUGAAGCUUUGGAAGGGUUGCUUGAAUUUAGUGCAAGACUGCUGCAAGACAAAAGGUACAAUGAACUGGGGGUGUUGUUGAAGCCGUUUGGACCAGGGAAGGUUUCUCCUAGAGAAACUGCAAUUUGGUUGACAAAGAGCUUCAAGGAAAACAUACUCAAUCCGGAAGAUCAAUACCAAUGAAUGGCUGACACGUGUGCUGUAUUCAGUCCGGUAAUGAAAUUUAGAGGUUUGCUGAUGAAGUUUUUACACGGGUAGAAAUUGAUGUUGUAGAUAUAUACUAGUGAGGUGAUUUUUGUUUUUUUGGCAAUUUCCCAUGUUUGCAAUUUUAUCGUUGCAUUUGCCCAAAAGAAUUUCAAAUUUCUUUCUCCUUAGUAUUAGUUUCACCUAUUUCAAACGUUUCCGAAAGUACGAGUUGACUGCCUCAAUGAAAAUUAGGAUGGGUCAACUGGCAUGACUUCAGGACGGUUUUUGUGAAUUUUUUUGUGUAGCCUAGCAUUGUUGGUUGCUUGAAGCAAAUCUAUUUUUAUUAAUUAAAUAUCUUGACUUUCAUCUA